AUGUCCUCAUCUAAGGAAAUCCAGGAUUUUGCCGAAAAAUAUGGCAUCAAAAAUAUCGAAUUGGUGCAAACAGGAGCUCUUCUAAACGGAAAAUGGUAUAAUGAUACUGAGAACAAUUUUGCAGUCAAUAACCCCGCAUUCAACCAGCCUAUACUAAACGUUUACGAUACUCCAUUGGAUAAAAUUAAGCAAUGUAUUGAAGAUGCCCAAGUCGCAUUUGAAAAGUUCAGUAAGGAGACCACUGGCAGGGCCAGAAAUACCAUUUUAAUGAAAAUGUAUGAGCUAGUUACUGAAAAUACCGAAGAUUUGGCUCGAAUUAUUACUGCGGAAAACGGCAAACCAUUGGCAGAAUCAAGAGGCGAGAUUAAAUACGCUGCAUCGUUCUUCCAGUGGUACGCAGAAGAAGCCCCUCGAAUCUAUGGUGAUAUGAUUCCCUCUGCUAGUGGAUCAAAGCGUAUUCUCACUAUGAAGCAGCCUAUCGGAGUGGUUGGUAUUCUCACUCCUUGGAACUUUCCCGCUGCUAUGAUUACAAGAAAGCUGGGAGCCGCCAUUGCUGCUGGCUGUACUGCUGUAAUUAAACCAGCUUCAAAUACUCCACUUACAGCUUUGGCAAUAGCAUACCUUGCUGAAAAGGCUGGUUUACCCAAAGGCGUGCUCAAUAUUUUUCCUACUGCCCAUAACAAAAGCAGAGAGGUUGGCAGUAUCGUGUGCGAGUCUCCGCUUGUGAAGAAAGUGUCUUUCACUGGUUCUACGGGAGUUGGCAUGGCACUCAUGUCACAAUCUGCAUCCACCUUGAAGAAACUCUCCAUGGAAUUGGGUGGCAAUGCACCAUUCAUUGUUUUCAGUGAUGCAGACUUGGAAAAUGCUGUCAAUGCUGCAAUGGACUGCAAACUAAGACAGUCUGGUCAAACCUGCGUCUGUGCCAACAGAUUGUUCAUUCAAGAAGAAAUAUAUGAUAGAUUCGCUGCCAGAUUGGUGGAAAGAGUUAAGGCCACAAAAUUGGGCAACGGCAUGGAUCCUGAAACGACUCAUGGACCACUCAUUCAUGAGAAGGCAGUGAGCAAAGUGAGCUCUCAGGUGAAAGAUGCCGUAAGUAAGGGAGCUAAAAUUCUCACUGGAGGUAGAGUAGCUACUGAGCUAGGCCCAAACUUCUAUGAAUUAACGAUACUUUCCGAUGUGCCAACUACUGCUGAUGUUAAUAUAGACGAGACAUUUGGUCCUUUGGUACCACUAAUUAAAUUUAAGACUGAAGAGGAGGUUAUUGGUCUAGCUAACGACACAGAGUACGGCCUAGCAGGUUAUUUCUUCACUAAGGAUUACACAAGACUUUUCCAUGUGGCCGAACAGCUAAAUUGUGGUAUGAUUGGUGUCAAUACCGGUGCUAUAUCUGAGGCGGCAUUACCCUUUGGAGGAGUGAAUUGGUCAGGAUUCGGAAGAGAAGGAUCUAAAUACGGAGUUGACGACUACGUUGUGAUCAAAUCUGUUGUGAUUGGAAAUUUAUAA